AUGAAGGUUGCUACUUGCGCCGUAGGUUUCGCAUUGGUGUCGCGCCAAGUCUGUGCCAACCCUACAGCAAACAAUCCCCAAGAUGCCUGUUGCUCUGCUCUUGCACAAGAGGCAAUCCUGGCUGGCAAAGUCAUCUUUCCUCAGGACAGUGCCUACGACGCACGCCUAGCAGCGUACUACUCUGCCAAUUCUGCGCUCCCUCCUUGGUGCAUGGUGUUGCCCACCAGUACCGAUGAUGUCUCUAAGAUUGCAGGGAUCAUAACUGCGAAUCAGUGUCCAUUUGGGAUGCGGAGUGGCGCUCACUCUGCCUUUAAUGGGUCAAACGGUGUUCAGGACGGAAUCACCGUCGACUUUGGCUAUUUGAACACCACAACUUACAAUGCCGACACCAAGAUUGCUUCUAUCCAGCCGGGAUCUAACUGGGGCGAUGCCUUUACUGCCCUCGACACCUAUAAUGUCACUGUCGCAGGUGGGCGAGCUUCUGUCGUUGGUGUUGGAGGCUUCACCACCGGCGGUGGAUACUCCUUCCAUAGCAACGCCCACGGCUUCGCCUGUGACAAUGUCGCCAACUUCGAGAUCGUAUUAGCGAACGGCAGCGUAGUAAACGCGAACCCUACAGAGAAUGCAGACCUCUGGAAAGCACAAAAGGGGGGGUCUGGUAACUUUGGUUUCGUGACCAGAAUUGAUAUGUACACGAUUGAAGGAACACAGAUCUGGGGUGGAUUCACCUCGUACAAUCUGACAAAGCGUGAUGAAGUCUUCAACGCCUACAUCAACUUCACCGAGAACAGCGACGACCAAGCCAGUCAGAACAUCGUCGCCCUCUACUAUGAUUCUACGGGAUUCGCUCUCCGUUCUAUCCUGACCAACAGCCAAGGCAUAGAAAAUGCACCGGCCUUCGCUGAGUACAUGGCGAUUGGGAACAUCUCUAGCACACUGAGAACCGCCGCCGUUGCCGAGCUGGUCCCAGAAUUCACCGGACCCACUCCCCUGGGCCAGUACGCCAACUGGAUGGUCGGUAUGACCACCAAUAGUUUCGACGUGUUGGACUUCAUCGACCGGGCCCUCAAAGAGUACGCCACCAAAAUGCAAGCUGCAGCACCAGACUCGGAAUUCAGCGUCCUCAUAGAGUUCCAGCCGGUCACGACAAUGAUGGUGGACCACAGCGUCAAAAAUGGCGUAAAUGUUCUUGGACUCGAAGAUGUGAUCUCCACUGGUCCAACUCUCAUGUGGCUCAUCGCGCUUACUGUGGACACACCUGAGAACCAAGAGGUGAUCUUGCCCAUUGCUCUGGAAUACAGAGAUGCUAUCAACGAGUAUGCCACUUCCAUAGGAGCCAACAAGGAUUGGAACUACCUCAACUACGCUUGGGUGGACGAGGAUCCUAUUUCCGACUAUGGCGCAGAGAACAUUGCUUUGAUCCAGGACGUUGCCAGUCGGUAUGAUCCUACAGGCGCCUUUCAAAAGUUACGUCACUCUGGCUUCAAAAUUCCACUUUAA